UCUUUUCGCCAGCCGUCAGUUGUCAAAUUGUUUUAACAUUGAGUGGUAGUGUCAUUUCGAUCGGUUUUUCAUAAAUAAAAUUACGACGCGAUAAUAAUUUAAAAUUAAAAGCAAUGCCUGUGGAAUUGGAAUUCGAUUAUAAUGCCGCUACCGCUGCCAUGGACAUAUUCUCACAAGAUGACAUAAACUUUUUAAAACAGUGGACUCAAAAAUUAGAUAAAUCAAAAUAUGUGCCCAAAGAUUUAUCGGAUAAACAACUUGUGUUGUUUUAUAACGCAUGUUAUGGAGAUUUAGAUAAAACGAAAACAUGUAUAGAAAAAUAUUAUUCAUUCAGGAAAAAUGCACCAGAAUUUUUUGAUAGUCGUAUCUUAAAUUCCGAAGAGCUGUGGCCGAGCACCGAAGCGUUAGAGUUCUCGUACCUACCGGAGAAGUCGUGUGAGGGAUUCGACCUUAUCUACCACCGGCUGCAUUACACGGAACCUUCAAAGUACCAUCUUGAAUCUGGAGUCAAGCUGCUGUUCAUGACUGUGGAUGCAUGUCUAUGCAAACGGGGUCCCCAGCCUGGAUACAUAUUCCUGUUCGAUAUGCGAGGUGUUAAACUGGGACAUCUAACUAGAGUUGGUUUGUCAUCGUUGCGUAAGUUCUUCCAAUACGUGCAGGAGGCGCUGCCCGUGCGUAUGAAGGCCAUCCACGUGUUCAAUACUGAGCCGGUUUUGGACAAACUAUUGCUUCUCAUACGGCCUUUUAUGGAUAAAAAGUUCUUCGAUAUGAUAAAAUUCCAUCACAAAAACGAGGAUCUGGAGAAGUUCUAUGAAUCGGUAGUACCCCGUUCAGCGUUACCCCCUGACCAUGGGGGUACCUUACCUGACACCCAGACCUUGCAUAAGCGCUGCAUGCAGCAGCUCCAAGAUCUGGAGACGUACUUCAAAGCUGAAGAGCAUCAGAGGAUCGAGGCUUUGCCAGAUAAGAAAAGAGAUAAAGCGAUGGAGAAAGCCUUUAAAAAUUUGGAUAUAGAUUAAAUAUAAAUUUAGUAUGAAAAGUCAUUCCAUCCUUUUGAGUACUUAGAAUGCUUUUUAAUUAUCAAAUUUAGUAAAAAAAGGUCAGAUAUUAGAUGCACUAUGCAAUUUUUGUGUCAAUUUUUAUGUGAAACGGUGUUUUUUUAAAUAGUUUCAUUCGUUAACGAAAAGUUAUGAUUUUAGUGUAAAAUUUCACUUAUUGGUUUGGAGCAAGUAAUAUGUUUGGUAUGUACUUAUUUAUAAAGAAAUUAUUUACUUGUUUUGUUCGAGAUUUAAUAAUUAAAUCGAU